AUGGUACAUCAUAGCGCAAUAAAGUCCCUAUUAGACACUGAUUUGUACAAAAUUUCAAUGCAGGCUGCUGUACAUAAGCACUUCCGGGACGUGCCGGUGUCGUAUAGGUACAAAAAUAGAACGCGCCAACUUAGUUUGAACAGAGCGGCCAUAUCUUGGUUGAAAUCCCAGAUCCUUGCAUUGGGCGAAUUGAGGUUCUUGCCAGAUGAAAUCUCGUAUCUUCGCGAGACAUUACCGAUGCUUCCUCGAGAGUAUUUGGAUUCGUUGAAGGCGUUUAAGUUGGAUCCACCGAGCCAGGUAAAGUAUUACAACGACGAGAAAGACUUGGAUGAGUUCUAUCUAGAAAUCAGUGGACUGUGGUACGAGACAAUCCCAUAUGAGAUCCAUAUCUUGUCGCUCGUAUCAGAGGCUUAUUUUAAGUUUGUCGACACAGAGUGGAAUUACGACGGUCAGUACGACAUAGCCGCGGAAAAAACACGCCAACUUUUAUCGAACAAUUGCGCCUUUAGCGAGUUUGGUACUCGCAGAAGAAGACUGGGAGAAGCACAGGAUAUUGUGGUGAGAGCAAUCAUGGAAACGGCACAGGAAAUGGGCCCAGAGAAGGCUCGACUCUUCUUGGGCACCUCGAAUGUGGCGUAUGCUCGAAAAUAUGGCGUUGCACCAAUUGGAACAGUGGCACACGAGUGGUUCAUGGGUGUAGCGUCCAUAACCCAGGACUACACAAAUGCUAAUAAGACUGCCAUGGAAUAUUGGUUACAAACGUUUGGGCCAGAUCAUUGUGGCUUGGCACUAACUGACACUUUCGGCACGGAUGCGUACCUUAAGAAUUUCACAAAGCCAUACACAGACUACUAUACUGGUGUUAGACAAGAUUCUGGAGACCCCGAGCUCUACUGCCACAAAAUAGCUGCUCACUUCAAGGCCUUGGGAUAUCCUGCAUAUUCCAAAACCAUUUGUUUCAGUGACUCAUUGAAUAUCGGCAAAUGUCUCAAGUAUAAAAAAUGUGCUGACCAGGACGGCCUCAAGGUGAGUUUCGGAAUUGGCACGUUCUUCACCAACGAUUUCAGCAGCACGGGUGCGCAAGGAGGGAAGUCACCGCCCCUUAAUAUCGUGAUUAAGAUGGCAUCUGCAGCAGGCAACCCCUCUAUCAAAAUCAGUGACAAUAUCGGGAAGAAUAUUGGAGACGCCGGUGUCGUGAGGAGAGUCAAAGAGGAGCUCGGCUAUACAGAGAAAGAGUGGAAGGAGGGAGAUGAAACAAACCGAUGGUAA